AUGUAUGUGAAAUGGUUUGAUACAGGAAUGUUAUACUAUGUGAUUUUAGUGUAUUUAGUGAAUGUCACUUUUACAACUUUCACAUUUCCCGCCAGUUCUGUCCCCCGUACGUCUCUCGCAGGGAACGGAAUCCGGAAGACAGAUGCCGGCAUCAGCGGAAGACAUUACAGGGGACACUGCAGGGGGGGACAUCGCGGGAGCGCAGGACAAGGUAAGAGAAGAACAGAUCCAUGAGCAACGCUGCAAUGUAUUCCCGAGUGUAGCUCGGGCUCGGGUAAAGUUUUAGUACCAAAAGCGGUAACCCCCGAGCUACACUCGGGCUUACCU